UUUUGGCUUCUAGUAACAGCUUUUUUAUGGGGUGCAACAAACCCACUGUUAAAGAAGAGUAGCAAAGGAUUUGAAGAGAUCAAUAAAGAAACGUUUCUUUCACAGAGACUUGCUGAAAUCAAAUUUUUACUUUCCAAUUUGAAGUAUCUUGGAUUUCUCAUCCUUAAUCAAUGUGGGUCUCUUGUAUUUUAUCUGACAUUGUCAUCUGCAGAUCUCUCUCUAGCUAUUCCUAUCACAAAUUUUCUGAGCCUUGUGUUCACAGGCAUUGUUGGCUACUUAAUUGGUGAAAAAUCAAUUAAUGGGGGCUCCAUCCUGGGCAUGGUCUUCGUAGUGUUCGGCGUCACCAUGUGCAUUAUGUCCAAAGCCUAA